AUGUCGACGCCAACAUCCCCAUCGCAAUCCUCAUCGAGCGCAUGGCUUAACUGCGUGAGAUACCGUGGCGAUGUCGUGUACGCGUUCAAAAUUGAGCCAAUUUUGGAGCUCGGUAUGAAUAUUUCCCAUACGAGAAUGACUCAGGUUCCUGUCCCAGAUAUCACCCAGCCCGACGAUGUGAUUGUCAAAGUCACCGGGACGACCAUUUGUGGAUCUGAUUUGCAUUUGUACCAUGGAGAGAUCGUGGCCUUGCAGAAGGGGAUAUUCUCGGACACGAAGCGAUUAUGGUGUCGUAGACAGAGUCGGAGAGAACGUCAAGAACCUAAAGCCUGGUCAACAGUGGUUGCUUCAUUCCAAAUUGCAUGCGGCCAGUGCAGUUACUGCAAACAGAAGCUGAGCAGCAUGUGCGACAAGACAACAACAGCUCCCUGCAGAACGCUAUGUGGACAGGCGGAGUACGUCAAGGCAAGUAGAUGUCCACCGUCUUUAUCUCGUUUCAAAUUGAACGCUGUGCAGGUUCCGUACGGAAACGUCAACCUCCUGCCGAUCCCGGACAAUGUAAUAGAGCAAGCCAUCUAUCUUUCGGACGUGAUCCCUACCAGCUAUCAUUGCGUUGUCGACACUGGGGUAAAGGAAGGUGAUAUCGUAGCCGUCUGGCGCCUGGCCUUUGCAUCUGAGAAGCUCGACAUCGAGACCUUGAACUUUAAGGAACACUCGGAUGUUCUGAGGAGACUACGCGAGCUUGUUCCUGGAACCUCCCACGGGCCCAAGACUCUGUUGCACAAAGUUCAAAAGACCUUGAUGCUCGAAACUGAUGUUUCGGAAACCGCCAACGAGAUGAUCGAGUCUGUGAGAAAGAUGGGUCGAUGUGGUGUCAUUGCCGCGUAUUCGGGAUACACCAACCAGUUCAACAUUGGUGCACUGAUGGAGAAGGGAGUGAGGUUUAUGGUAACGGCCAAGGAAAUUCUAAACGACUAUAUCAUUCCUGGAAAGUUCGACCCAACCUUCAUGAUCACUCACCGUGUCCCGAUCGAUGACAUGUAUUUUUUAUCAUAUGCCAUCAGUCUGAUGAUUGCUAACACCCAAACGGUACACCGCCUUCGACAAGGGUAUUGCCGGAGUCGAGAAGGUGUUUGUCGAAACUCGGUUCUCCAACUCACCGUCCUAAGGAUGUCCGACCGUCCAGGGUAG